AUGACAAGAAAGGGCCAACCCAAGGUCCGAACCGGUUGUCUAACAUGCAAAUCACGUAAAGUGAAAUGUGAUGAGGCGAAACCAGCAUGCGUCCGUUGCACGAGCACCGGGCGAAAGUGUGAUGGGUAUGCUGUCGUCGUUCCCAGUAACCGCGCUCUUGCCCGGGCCCGCUCAAGGACCACGCGGUUGAAUGCUGCGUUGGCACAUGUAUCGGCCGCAUGGGACGGGGACAUGGAUGAGGAGAAAGUCAUGGAGCACUUUCGACGCGAGGUUGCGCCGAUGAUGCCAGGGCAUCUAGAGGGCCAGUUCUGGACCGAUAUAAUGCCGCGUAUGGGCAGGACCGAACCCGCCUUUCGGCAAGCAAUGGCCGCCAUUGCCACGCUCAUGCCUGGAUGUUCAGAUGAUGCCUUGGAGGAUGGGAACACUGGGUACGCCAUUGAUCCUUACACCAGAGUCAUGAGUGUUCUUGAAGGGAACACCCGCAAGCAGAAAGAGGGCGUGGACAGUCAACCAGUGGGUGACCUAACAAAGAGAAGCAGCCACCAUCUAGGCCAUCCCAAUGUUAUCAACUCGCCGGCCAGCUCGUCCCCAGCAAGUCUUUCUUCAACAAGCCGGUUAUCAAUAACACCCAAUCCGGAGAUAAACCCAUCAGGGUCGUGCUCUGGGCUAACAAAUCCUGUGGCCUCUCCUCAGCAACAUGAGUAUGAUAGUGAUUCCGACCCUAGAGUGCACAACGAGGUGAACAUUACUCUUUCUGGCUGCCUUCUCUUCAUUACUGUGGAGUUCUUACGGCAUGGCCUUCAGGCGGCAAUGGAACAGCUUGCCUCGGGAAUCGACGUUUUGAACAACGUAGACUAUAAAGAGCUCGCCACCUCUACAGUCAUCAAUGUUCUCCCCCAAUUUCAUCGCCUAAGUAUAAUUCAAUUAUGCUUCUAUGACAGACCAGGGUUUCCCUCCCUCGACUUGACUCAUGGCGGCGCUCCUAGGUAUAACCUGGGGCCAUUCAACAAGGACAGUAGCAUCUACAGGCCGCAGAGCGCAAUGGAUGCCAUUAUACUAGACGCCAUUAGGUAUAUACGCACGGCAGGCCCCGAAUCGAGGACAGAUUCGCGACUGGCUUCAAAGGGGCCAGUCAUGGACGAACAGCAGACUGCGAUCUGCAACGCUUUCGACAAGUGGCACGCUGCAUUUACGGUAUUUAUUAGGGAGCCAAGGCACGGCACCGACCAGCCUCUACCAUCACACACUGGCAUCGUGUGUGCAGAGACUGAGAUGAAGUAUUUGACUGCAAAGAUAUGCGUCAGCAUCUGCCGGUCACAUGAUGAAUCAGUAUAUGACUGCUUCAAGGACAGUUUCAGACGUAUUACGGCCCUUGCACAGGAGAUAUACCAAAGCUGUUUGGAGAUUCCAGCCGAAUCGGCAGAGUACAGAUUCAACUUCAAAAUGAGCUACCUUCCUCUUCUGGAGUUCGUUGUAACCAAAUGCCGAUGGCUUGAUAUCCGGUAUCAGGCCUGGAUGAUCGUCUGGGGGCUCGCAACAGCGCGCAACGAGCCUAUUACACUGAGGAAUCUGCACCUUGUAGGAAAACGAACAAUAGAAAGGGAACAUAACGCCAAGAUUGAAGAGAUAAACCGGGAAAACGCUCAUUUGUUUUCGUUGCCAGCGGAAGAGAUGCGGAUCAAAGACUAUACUACGGAUCACCGGUUUGCAGAUCUCGCAGUUGCAGACGAAACAGGGGGCUCGAAGAGGAUUCAGGUGCCUUAUAACCAACGGCUACUUCUGCAGUGUGGCAGUUAUGAGUUAGAUGAGCUGGCUAGGUGGGUGGCCAAGGAUGUUGCUUCUGCACCAUAA